GAUAUUACGGUUCAUGUUGCCAGGGAGUGACUGAGCCGUAGUCAUACAGACACAAUAGAGCUGCAGUCACCAUGUAUAUAGCAAGUGUUUGUAUUUGCAACUAUUAGAGCAAUAUGUAGUAUCUCUCAAACUCUGUGAGUGUAAUUUCGAAGCGUUGUUCUGGGGCUAUUAUCAGUGAGCUCUGAUGCCCUUGCACUAACAAGCUAUCUUCGUUAGACAGUAGGAGAGUGCCCGUGCAGUGCACCGUUAGCUAGCUUUAGCCUGUUUGAUAAUAUUAUAGCUGCCUUGCCAGUUUUUACUAUGGAGUUUCCUUUUGACAUAAACCAAUUAUUCUCCGAGAGGAUCUCUAUCUUGGACCAGACCUUGGUUGCAGGCCGCAAAUCUACAGGAAGGCCAGAUCUUCAAGCUCACAUAGCCACAGUUAUUGAUGAACUUGGGAGGGCCUCAGCAAAGGCCCAACAGCUCACAGCACCUAUAACAAGUGCUUCCAAGCUGCAGACCCAGAAGCAUCAGCUCUAUCUUGUUAAGGAUGGAGAGAGCAGCGGAGGACGUGGUGUGGUUGUGGGAUUUCUGAAGGUUGGCUACAAGAAGUUAUUUUUGCUGGACCGACAGGGUGUGCACGUAGAGGCAGAACCACUGUGUGUUUUGGAUUUUUACGUAGCAGAGAACCUGCAGCGAAAUGGCUAUGGGCUUGAGCUAUUUAACUUCAUGCUACAGCACAAGAAUUUAGAGCCAGUGCUGAUGGCUUAUGACAGGCCUUCACCUAAAUUCCUAUCUUUCCUGGCAAAGCAUUACUGCCUCACACAGAGUGUUCCUCAGGUCAAUAACUUUGUGGUCUUUGAAGGCUUCUUCCUCAACAGAGCAGCGGCCCAGUUGAGAAAGGUUCCCCCAAAAAAGCCAGACGGAGAGAUCAAGCCUUACUCUUUAAUGGAGAGAGAAGCUGUUCGCCAGGAGCAGAAGAGUCUUCCUUGGCCGUUUGCUCCUCCCCACUCCCCCCAGCGCUCGGUAGCCUCUCAGUGCUCCCACUCCCUCAGCGUGGGAUGCUCCCCCAGCAGGGCACCCCCUCGAGUCGCUCAAACUUCUUCCCCUGGUUGCAACAGGAACCAGAGCCCACAGUCACCACUCGGCAAUCGCUGCAGAGCAAGACGCACUAGUAGUCAACAGGGUCUAGUUGCGAGAUGCAACUUGUACAGUCGACACAUGGACACCAGAGCUGUUGGACUGCUGGACAGACACUCUCCAGCACCAUGUGCCACCUCAGGUCUGAGAGCAGUAGGGGAUCAGUCAUACACAUUGGGAUACAGUAUUCACUCACAACAAAACAGGAACUGGCUCGUCUUGCUUCCACCUCUUUCUACAUCCAAGAAGGACUGCAUGAGCAGCACUACCUCUUUAGACAGGAGAGAAAUACACCUGAGCACAGAUCCUGAAUCCCAUCGUUCUGAAGAGGAGAUGAAGGUUCUGGACAGUUCACAGCAUCCAUCAGGCAACCAGAGACCUCUGCUGUGGGAGAGUGACAGAGUUGAAGACAGGUCAUGGGCUGUAGGGGUGCACUGCUACACUGCCCAGUGGGUGAAGCAGAAGCAGGAAUACAGGAGCACCCGGCCCUGGUGAAUGUGUGAUGAUUACAGACUUUAAACAUUAUCAAAACGUUGAUGCCUAAAAUGCUUUCAGACAUGUUUGAGCUGACUUUUGAGAGCCCAUGAUGCAACAAUUUCUUUGUGAGCUUUAAGUGCCCAAAGUUCAGUUCAGAAAAAAAUACACUUCCAGUCUUUCUGGUUUUACAAAGGCUAUUGUAAUGUCUGUCUUAGUUGGUUUCCCAAAUGAGUUCUUCAGCUGUCAACUAGCUCAUCUUUUCUACUCAACUGCAACUGGGUAAGAUGAACUAAAUGUGGAGCAGUUUUUCUGUAGAACUCAGACUGGCUGCAUCCUUGCUAAUUGAAUAAUUGGCCCAUUAAAUCAGUGGUGUUACUGGCAAGACAGGUCCAGCUAACUCAGGUCCGUUUUUCAUUUUAGUAGCCUUUGCACUGAGUGUUGUUAGAUUCACUUAUUUGGUUGUAGAGAUUCAGGGAAACAUUGCAUAAGACAAAGGUUACUAACGUGAUCUUGUUUUAUAAUGACUUCUGUAUUUAAUUAAUUACCAAAAUGAAUCCAAUGGACUUUAUUUGAGAAUUUCAUCAUCCAUUUUCUUGUAUUACUUGGACAGAUUGGAUAGGAUGGCAUAAUAGCAUGUUAAAUUUUCAGUUGAUCACAUUUGGGUUGUUGAAUUUUUUAACAAAUAUUAAAAAACAGUGAUACAGUA